AUGCCAUUCGAAGGUAACCGGACGCUCGACAUCCUCUACAAGGCACAGCGCGGGGGAUACGGAAUCCUUUCACAAGCAUGCUACGAUACCAACUCCGUGGUGGCUCUCAUCCGCGCCGCCGAGCGCUGCAGGAGCCCCGCCAUGGUGAUGAUCUUCCCCGUCACGCUGAUGUACGGCAAGGGUCCUUUCCUCCAGUUCUGUGUCACCGCAGCACGAGAUGCCUCAGUGCCCAUCGCAGUGCACCUAGACCACGCGACUGAUCCGGAACACUUGGAGCUCGCCCUGGGGCUCGCAGAGCAGGGAAUCAAGUUUGACAGCAUCAUGGUUGACGCUAGUCACGCAGAGACGGACGAGGAGAACAUUGCCAUCGCACGUCCGUACGUCGAGCGCGCUGCGAAGCUGGGGAUUCCGGUAGAGGUGGAGCUCGGCCGCCUGGAGGGCGGCGAGGCGGGCCUGAGGAUGAUAUCCGACGCAAAGCUCACGAAUCCUCAGAAGGCGAAGGAAUUCAUAGAGGGCACUGGUGCGACCAUCCUCGCACCGAGUAUCGGCAACCUGCACGGAAAGUAUAUCAAUCCUCCCAAUUUCAGGCAAGACAUUCUACAGGACUUACGGGACACCUUCCAAGGCGCUGUUCCCAUUUGUCUCCAUGGAACGGACGAGCUCCCGGAUGCUCUCUUUCGCGAAUGCAUCCGGAACGGCGUGAGCAAGAUAAAUCUGAACAGCUGGGCGAGAGAUCCGUACGCCAAAGCGCUCGGCGAAGCACUCUUGACUAAGCCGUUUCCCGACGCGGUCGAGGAAGCUACUGAGGUGUUUGCCGCGGUCUGCGAGAGAUUCUACAUUCUGUUUGGAUCGGCAGGGAAGGCGUGA